AUAUAACAAUUUUUCAAAACCGUUAAAACAAAAUUUUUGUAAAAUAGACAUCAUCUCUAAUCUUUAUAAACUAUAUCAAUAACAGUAUCAAGAUAAGUUAUUAUUAUGGUUUUGAAUAUUUGGAUAGCAGCUGCUGAUAACCAACGUAAGGUUGUGGAAUCAUAUAUAGAAUCAGGAGAUUUGACUCCCAACGCAAAAGAUCCUAAUGGAUAUACUCCUAUACAUGCUGCAGCUUCUUAUGGUCAUAUUAAUCUACUUCAAUAUUUAAUAGAGCAAGGAGGGGACAUAAAUAUACAGGACAAUGAAGGAGAUACUCCAUUACAUCAUGUUGAAGAUGUUAAAACUGCCAAAUACUUAAUAGAAGAAUUGAAAGCUAAUGAUAAGAUAAAAAAUAGUGAUGGUUUAACUGCUGCAAAAUAUAUUGAAGAUGAUGAUGAAUUUCCUGAAGUGGCCCAAUAUCUUCUUUCUUUAGCUUAUGAUAAACCAAGUGAAACAAGUGAAGCAAACCAUAAUAGUAGUAGUAUAUUGGAUUCAUUACCUGCAGCAGGAACCAUUGAUGGACAUGAAAUCAGAUAUUCGAUGGAAAAUGAACCAGAAACCAUUCAAGAUCAAUUAUCACCUGAAGAAAAAGAAGAAAGAAGAAAGAAAUUAGAAGCUAUUUUAGAAAGUGAAAAUCCUGAGGAAGGACUUAGAGAUUUAGUUAGAAAUGCUGUUCGUGAGGGUCUUUCUCAAUAUAAAGAGGAAAAUUCUGAAGUUGAACUUGGUUCAUCAUCUAAAAGAAGAAAAGAAUAGAUCUAGUAACCCCAAGUUAAGUAACUUACUAACUAUAAUAUUUAUAAAAUCAUCAUCAUGUAUAGACUUUAAUGUAUUGAUUAAAAUACUUAA